GGCAGGAGAUGGCGGCGGCACUGAGCGGAGCGCUGCUCCUGUGCUGGCUGCCGAUGGCGGUGGCCGUGGUCAGGACGGAGGUUUGUGGACAACGUCCACUGGUAGAUACAUUUGGAUCCCGUAUUAUUGGUGGUCAUGAUGCACUUCCAGGAGCUUGGCCAUGGCAAGCCAGCUUGCAAUAUUUCAGUUCCGAUUAUAGCUAUAGACACUUGUGUGGGGGAUCACUUAUUCACAACACAUGGGUAAUUACUGCUGCCCACUGCGUCGUGAAAAAGAGAAAUCCUAGGUACUGGAGAGCAGUUUUUGGAAUAAAUAGCAUCUUACAUCCAGCCAAAACAAGAAAAAUAUCAGGAAUUAAACAAAUCAGUGUUCAUGCAAGUUUUGAUGGUACAACCAUGGAUAAUGAUAUUGCAUUAUUAGAAUUAGCAAAUUCAGUAACAUAUACUGACUACAUUCUACCAGUCUGUCUAGCUACAAGCAAACUGCCUACAGACCCUUUGGCACAAUGCUUUAUAAGUGGCUGGGGCACAACUACAGCAAAAGGUGAAAAAUCUGUUAUUUUGCAAGAAGCACAAAUAGAAAUAAUUCCCACUUCACUUUGUAACAGCCCUGGAUGGUACAAUGGUAUUAUUACUGGCAAUAUGCUUUGUGCAGGAUAUGAGAGUGGAGGAAUAGACACAUGCCAGAAUAAAAGAAAGCAAAACAAAGAAACAGCAAAUCAACGGAAAGAUUUUGAAAAGGUUUGACAUUAAAGAACUCCACUGUUCUCUCU